AUUUUACAUUUUUUCUAAUAUCGAUUAUUUAGAACAAAAUGUUCAUAGCAAAUUCUGAGGCAAAAAGAAUAAUUGAAAUACAAACUUGCAAGGAUGCUAGGAGUAUUGUUAAUCGGAAACGAAACCAAUAUUAUAACAAGUCUGACAAUAUAUAUUCAAUUAGACAAUAUAUCCCAUUGAAAAUUACUAUUCAAAACCCACAGGGAAAUCAUGAAAUACCAAACUAUAUUAAUAUAACAGAACAAUAUAAAACUGAAGAUAUCAGCUCCUCAGAUGAAUUUAAAAUUAAGGUUUCAAAUUUUCCACCCUCAGUUACAAAUGAUGAUAUCAUUAAACUUUUUGAAAAAAUAGGUGAAAUCAAGAAUUAUAAAUCAUAUGGGCUAGGACUUAUUGAAUUUGUGUAUAAGGAAAAACAACAUGCAAUCAAAGCAAUAAAUGAAUAUAAUAAUAAGAAAAUUGAUGGUAUACCAUUGUUAAUUCAGCCAGUGUUUUUUAUAAAUUCUUCAUCAAAUAAACCCAUAGUAAAAAAAACAAAUAUUAGGAUUCUAAAACACCUGAGUUUGAAUCAAAUGAAGAAAAACAAAAUUAAAAUUUUGAAGCAUCUGAAGGUCAACUGCCCAGUUUUCUUGGUUUAG